GCACUGGUUCAGAUUUGCUAUCUUUUGAUAGAAAAAAAAAUCCAAAACCGAGUGAAAUUUUUCUCCGAUUUUUGUUUUUGCUCAAUUUUUCUAAGUCUCCUGAGAAAACAAAGAGAAGAAAAAGACAGCAAACUGAUAGAGAGAGAAAGCUGCAUUUUUUUUUAAAUAUGUAUGCUUUGUGCUCAUCCUUCUUGAUCUAACAUUGCCGACAAUUUCUAGGCGAAUAAUCAAAGCUUCUUACAUUUGGGGUUAAUUCAAAACCAACAUGAAGCAGUAACCUAUAAUUCUUGAGGAACUGGAUCAUCUUGUUCUCUUGAGUAAAAAAGAGUAACAAUGGCUCGAGGUAGAAUACGAUCAAAGCUGAGACUAAGCCAUCUCUAUACAUUCGGAUGUCUUAAACCAAGUACACUCGAAGGUGAUGACCCUCCACACCCGCUCCACGGUCCAGGCUUCAGCCGUACAGUGUUCUGUAACCAGCCUCACAUGCACAAGAAGAAGCCUCUGAGAUACCGUUCCAACUACGUCUCCACCACUAGAUACAACCUCAUAACAUUCUUCCCAAAGUCCUUAUACGAGCAGUUCCACCGCGCUGCAAACCUCUACUUCUUGGUAGCAGCCAUCCUCUCCGUCUUCCCUCUCUCCCCUUUCAACAAGUGGAGCAUGAUCGCCCCCUUGGUCUUCGUCGUGGGCCUUAGCAUGAUGAAAGAGGCUCUAGAAGACUGGCGUAGGUUCAUGCAGGACGUCAAGAUCAACGCUAGAAAGACGUGUGUUCAUAAAACUGAUGGUGUAUUUCGUUCUAGGAAGUGGAAGAAGGUCAGCGUUGGGGAUGUUGUGAGAGUGGAGAAGGACGAGUUCUUCCCUGCUGAUCUGCUUCUCUUGUCGAGUAGCUACGAGGAUGGGAUCUGCUACGUGGAGACUAUGAACUUGGACGGUGAGACUAACUUGAAAGUGAAGAGAUCUUUGGAAGUGACGAUGACGUUAGAUGAUGAAGAGUCUUUCAAGAACUUCAUGGGGACGAUAAGAUGCGAAGAUCCUAACCCGAGUCUCUACACGUUCGUUGGGAAUCUUGAGUACAAGCGUCAAACGUUUCCUCUUGAUCCAAGUCAGAUUCUGUUACGAGACUCGAAGCUAAGGAACACAGCUUAUAUCUACGGAGUUGUGGUGUUCACAGGGCACGACACUAAGGUUAUGCAGAACUCAACAAAGUCACCUUCUAAAAGAAGCAGAAUCGAGAGAACAAUGGACUACAUCAUCUACACGCUUCUUGUCUUACUCAUCUUGAUCUCUUGCAUCAGCUCAUCAGGCUUUGCUUGGGAGACAGAGUUCCACAUGCCGAAGAUGUGGUACUUGAGACCAGACGCGCCUGAGGAUCUAACUAACCCUAUAAGCCCUGUCUACGCUGGUGUUGUUCAUCUCAUAACCGCUCUAUUGCUUUACGGUUACUUGAUUCCAAUCUCUCUUUACGUCUCCAUAGAGGUUGUCAAAGUCUGGCAAGCGAGUUUCAUCAACCAGGACUUGCGCAUGUACGAUGACGAGAGCGGCGUCCCUGCGCAGGCACGGACGUCGAAUCUCAACGAGGAGCUUGGUCAGGUUCAUACCAUCCUCUCUGACAAGACGGGGACGUUGACAUGUAACCAGAUGGAUUUCUUGAAAUGCUCUAUCUCUGGGACUUCUUACGGUGUGCGUUCUAGUGAAGUGGAGCUCGCUGCUGCUAAGCAGAUGGCUGUUGAUCUUGAAGAGCAUGGAGAGAUAUCAAGCGCUAAUACUCCUCAGUCUCAGACCAAAGUGUAUGGCACUUGGGACAGCAGCUGCACGCAUGAGAUUGAGAUUGAAAGUGGUAAUAGUAACAAUCCUAGAGCUCCUAUAAAGGGAUUUGGGUUUGAGGAUGACAGACUCAUGAAUGGGAACUGGUUGAGAGAGUCACAACCAAAUGAUAUCUUGCAGUUCUUCCGCGUGUUAGCUAUUUGCCACACAGCUAUUCCUGAGCUUGACGAGGAGAGUGGUAAGUACACUUAUGAAGCAGAGUCACCUGAUGAGGCUUCUUUUCUUGCUGCUGCUAGAGAGUUUGGUUUUGAGUUCUGUAAGAGAACUCAGUCUAGUGUGUUUAUCCGUGAGAGGUUCUCUUCUUCAGGGCAAAUAGUAGAAAGGGAGUAUAAGGUUCUGAACUUGUUGGACUUCACAAGCAAAAGAAAGAGAAUGUCAGUAGUUGUAAGGGAUGAGGAAGGGCAGCUUCUUCUACUAUGCAAAGGAGCUGACAGCAUCAUCUUUGAACGGUUGGCUAAGAAUGGGAAGACAUACUUGGGACCAACCACUAAGCAUUUAACUGAAUAUGGAGAAGCUGGGCUACGUACACUUGCACUUGCUUACAGAAAGCUUGAUGAGGAAGAAUAUUCAGCUUGGAACUCUGAGUUUCAAAAGGCCAAAACUUCAAUAGGAUCUGAUAGAGAUGAGUUGCUUGAGACAGGAGCUGAUAUGAUUGAAAAAGAUCUUAUUCUCAUAGGUGCUACUGCUGUGGAGGACAAACUCCAGAAAGGGGUGCCUCAAUGUAUAGAUAAACUUGCUCAAGCUGGGCUCAAGUUAUGGGUUUUAACUGGGGACAAAAUGGAAACAGCCAUCAACAUUGGAUUUGCAUGUAGUUUACUUAGGCAAGGCAUGAGACAGAUCUGCAUAACAUCAAUAAAUCAAGAUGGAGGAUCUCAAGAUUCCAAAAGGGCUGUGAAAGAGAACAUUUUGAACCAACUCACUAAAGCUGUGCAAAUGGUGAAGCUAGAGAAGGAUCCACAUGCUGCGUUUGCUUUGAUUAUAGAUGGGAAAACUCUAACUUAUACAUUGGAGGAUGAUAUGAAGUAUCAGUUCUUGGCUUUGGCUGUUGAUUGUGCAUCAGUCAUUUGCUGCCGUGUGUCUCCCAAGCAAAAGGCUUUGGUAACAAGGCUGGUUAAAGAGGGAACUGGCAAAACCACAUUGGCGAUAGGUGAUGGUGCAAAUGAUGUUGGGAUGAUUCAAGAAGCUGACAUUGGUGUAGGGAUUAGUGGUGUUGAAGGCAUGCAGGCUGUUAUGGCUAGUGACUUUUCGAUUGCGCAGUUUCGGUUUUUGGAACGGUUACUUGUCGUCCAUGGACACUGGUGCUACAAAAGAAUAGCUCAAAUGAUAUGCUACUUCUUCUACAAGAACAUAGCAUUUGGUCUCACUCUCUUCUACUUUGAGGCUUUCACUGGAUUCUCCGGACAGUCAGUGUACAAUGACUACUACUUGUUGCUCUUCAAUGUUGUCCUUACCUCAUUGCCAGUGAUUGCCCUUGGAGUCUUUGAACAAGAUGUUUCCUCCGAGAUCUGCUUACAAUUCCCUGCUUUAUACCAACAAGGCACAAAAAACCUCUUCUUUGAUUGGUCAAGAAUCCUUGGAUGGAUGUGCAACGGCGUCUACUCAUCGCUUGUCAUAUUCUUCCUCAACAUAGGAAUCAUUUACUCUCAAUCUUUCAGAGCAGGUGGGCAAACAGCUGACAUGGACGCUGUCGGCACAACCAUGUUCACUUGCAUUAUAUGGGCAGUCAAUGUUCAAAUCGCACUAACCAUGUCCCACUUCACUUGGAUCCAACACGUUUUGAUAUGGGGAAGCAUCGCUUUCUGGUAUCUCUUUGUAGCACUCUAUGGGAUGAUGCCAUCAAGCCUCUCUGGAAACGUUUACAGGAUUCUUGAUGAGAUUCUUGCUCCUGCGCCUAUCUACUGGAUGGCUACAUUGUUGGUCACGGUAACUGCAGUUAUUCCUUACGUUACUCACAUAGCUUACCAGAGAUUCUUGAACCCUAUGGAUCAUCAUAUUAUACAAGAGAUCAAGUACUACAAGAGAGAUGUGGAGGAUGCUAGAUUGUGGACCAGAGAGCGUACAAAGGCGCGUGAGAAGACCAAGAUCGGGUUUACGGCUAGAGUAGAUGCGAAAAUCAGACAUCUAAGGUCGAAACUGAGUAAGAAGCAGUCAAAUCUCUCUCAUUGUUCAGCUCAAGAUGCAAUGUCACCUAGAUCAUUGUAGCAUGUAUAGGGUUUGGUUACUGGAAAGGUCUCAAUUCUCUGAUGCGUCAAGACUUUGGAGAUGGUUCUUGAUGCUGUUUUUGUGGAGAGGUUAUAGGAGUGAGAUCGAUGUAAAGAGUAGUAGCUGAUUUUUUUUUUUAAGUGUUGGGUUCUCAUUUUUUAACGUGCUUUGUUUCUUUUGUACAAAACUUAGGUUUUGUGGAUACUUACUUAGGACACAGAUUGCUAAAACCUAAUUUUAUAUUGCAUAUAUAUACAGUUUUUUUUUAUCA